AUGGAAGCAACAAAGACCGUCCCUACCGCGAUCAGUGAGGGUGAUGAAUCAACCCAAAACGUACAGUCGAAGGAUGAUCUGCAUUUCGCACUUCGCGGCGCAGAUAUGGACGAGGCGAUUGCGGCGGGCGACAUCUCAGGCUUCGACGCGCACCGCAUGCGGGCUCGCGCGUCCUUGACGGCCGAGGAGGAGAGGAAGCUCAUGCGCAGAGUUGACUUGCGCAUCAUGACCCUGUGUUCUCUUCUGUUCCUUUUCAAAAACAUUGACUCGGACAACAUAUCGAAUGCCAGGAUCAUGAACAGAGGGACUGAUAGGAAUAUCGUGACACAACUGGGGUUGACGUCGGAUGAGUACAACUUGCUCACAGUGUUUUAUUAUACAGUCCCACCUACGGCAAAGUGGCUCACUGGGAAUGAGAAGGCCUUCAUCCAGGCCCGCCUGCCUCCCAACGCACCUCGAGCGGAAGAAAUGGACUUCGAUUCUCGCGAAAUCAUCUCGUCACUGAAAGACAGACGGCUCUGGCUCUUCACCUUGAUCUGGGCCACCUUCACCAUCGGGACUAGCGGUGUCAGGUUUUAUCAGCCGACAGUUAUUGCAAACCUUGGUUUUACGACAAUUGCACGCGCUCAGCUACUGAACCUGCCCAUCUCGAUACUCUCCAUUGUCGUAAUCGGCAUCACAGGCUUUUUUGCCGACAAUGGCAGAUUGCCCAGGCCGGUGUACCCUCUAACCCUGAUGGCCAUCAUCCUGGCUUGCUAUGGGGUAAUGGUAGCAUAUCCUAGCAACGGCGCCGUCUACACGGCCACCCCCAUCGCAAAUGCAGUGGCCUCAUCCUGGUUCCCGAUGAUGUGGCCGUGGCGCGUACAGACUACUUCCCGCGCGACGGGCUCCGCCUUCUCGAUCGGAUUCGUCAACAGCUAUGGACAGGUCGGCGGCGCGGUCGGGCCGCAGAUCUUCCUGCGCAAGUAUGCGCCGAGGUAUACGCAGAGCUUCGGCGCCGCUAUGGCUUGUGUUGGGGCCUGUGUCGCUGUUACUCUGGUUACUUGGUUGGUGACUCGUGACAUCGAACGUGAGACACGGAGGUUGAAGAGGGCCAAAGUCAAGGCCAGCAAAGAUGGGUUGGCAGUUUUGGACGAUGUAGUUGUCUGA